AUGAUAACAGACGAAUUUCAACUGCUUUCAACCGUUGAGGACACGAGUUUUCGACGUUUUGUUUCACUGCUGUACCCACAAUACUCGAUACCAAAUCGAAAAAAGUUGAGCCUCAUGAUCGAGGAUGAUUACCAUAAACACAAAGAGGCUGUAAACUUGGCCAUGGAAGACUCUACUUGUGUUUCUUUAACGACCGAUAUUUGGACCUCACUCAAUAGUGAGGCAUAUAUGGCUGUAACUGGUCAUUUCACUAACACUAACACAGCGUUAGCUCUCGAGACAUUCCGUUUCCCGGAAAAGCAUACAGCGCUAAAUAUUAGUGAGGCGUUAGAUAACGUGAUUUCAAAAUGGAACAUUGAAAACAAAGUUGUAAGCAUCGCAACUGACAACACCAGUAACAUGAGGCAGCUGUACAACUUAUUCACAAUGGCAACAUAG